AAAUUCGUCAUUGUCGGGCGUGCUGGAUGUGCGGUGUCUCAGCAUAACGUCUUGGCUGUUGGUUCCCAGACAUCAGAGGCAGCAUGAUUAUGUAAAUGAGUUCGAAACAGAAAAAAUUGUUAGCUGGGUGUGGCGUUUGCGGGCGCGUGACGACGGAUUUGCAGCUUUUGCAACACAGCGAAAAGUUGGUUCGAAGCCCCCAAGUCUCGGUCUGAGUCGCGGCGCCGCGGACAGGACUCUCCACGAGGCGCAAUCCCGCGGCGCUAGGACCGCGCUCUGGCGGAGCUCGCGCGCGCGCCCACCCGAGCCUCGAGACCUGAGCUCCGACAGAACGGCUCGCGCGCGGCCAGCGGAGCUGUCAGCUGCAGCGCGAGGCAUCGCCGGGGCUGCACCUUCCUGCUCCAUCUCCAGGGACGCCUCCGCCUCCGCCUCCACCCCCACCCCCAGCCCCCCCCUCCCCCGACUCCCGGUCCCCGCUGCGAGCAGCGAAUCCACCGGGCAGCACGAGCUCCGGAGCCCUCCUUAUGGGCUCACGAUGCGCAGGAUUCGGGCCAACGCCAUCGCGAUCCUGACCGUCGCCUGGAUCCUGGGCACCUUCUAUUACCUGUGGCAGGACAAUAAACCGCACGCGACCCCGUCGUCCGUGUCGCAGCCCCGCGCGGCGGGCGGCAGGAGUCACGGCCAGAGGGUGUCAGCGGGGCGGCUGGAGAUCCACCGGGAUGACCGGACCAUCCCGCUCAUCGUGACUCACUCACCAAGGGGGGAGCAUCCAGGCCAGGUGAUUGGCCACUUUGACGAGAAGGCCUACCUGUCUAGGAAGCAACUCAAACCUGGAGAGGACCCCUACCGGGAGCAUGCCUUUAACCUGCAGGAGAGUGACCGGCUGGGCAGCGAACGCGCCAUUCGGGACACUCGCCACUAUAGGUGUGCAUCGAUAACCUUCGACGCGGAUCUGCCGCCAACGAGCGUUAUCAUUACGUUCCACAAUGAGGCCAGAUCGACGUUACUACGCACCGUGAAAAGUGUCUUGCUUCGGAGUCCCCCGCCUCUGAUCCAGGAAAUAAUCCUCGUGGAUGACUUCAGCGCUGAUCCCCAGGACUGCCAGCUGCUCACCGAGAUCCCCAAGGUGCGCUGUCUGCGGAACGGACGGAGGGAGGGGCUGAUCCGAUCCCGGGUCCGAGGAGCCAACGCUGCGUCCGCCUCCAUUCUGACCUUCCUGGACAGCCACUGUGAGGUCAAUACGGACUGGUUGCAGCCGAUGAUUCAGAGGGUCAAAGAGGACCACACGCGAGUUGUCAGUCCCAUUAUCGAUGUGAUCAGCUUGGACAAUUUUGCUUACUUGGCUGCUUCUGCUGAUCUGCGUGGAGGAUUUGACUGGAGUUUGCACUUCAAAUGGGAGCAAAUUCCCAUUGAGCAGAAAAUGGCCAGGACUGACCCAACACAGCCUAUUCGGACUCCAGUCAUAGCAGGCGGGAUCUUUGUAAUGGACAAGAAGUGGUUCAACCACCUGGGCCAAUAUGAUACUCACAUGGACAUCUGGGGAGGGGAGAACUUUGAGCUCUCGUUCAGAGUGUGGAUGUGUGGGGGAAGCCUGGAGAUACUGCCCUGCAGUCGCGUGGGUCACGUCUUCAGAAAGCGUCACCCCUACGACUUCCCAGAGGGCAAUGCUCUUACGUACAUCAAGAACACCCGGAGAGCAGCAGAGGUGUGGAUGGAUGACUACAAGCAGUAUUACUAUGCAGCUCGUCCGUCAGCUCAAGGCAAGUCCUUUGGCAGCAUUUCAGACCGCUUGGCACUCCGACGGAAGCUGAACUGCAACUCUUUCCGCUGGUACCUGGAGAAUGUGUACCCGGAGCUCAAGAUCCCAGAGCAGGAAGCUGUGUCCAGUGUGCUGAAGCAGGGGGGACUGUGUUUCGAGUCCCACGGGACAGACAGCGUGGGCCUUGGCGAAUGCAAGGGCAGCGGAUCAAACAGGCCACAGUCACAGAAGUGGACUCUUGUUGAACCUCUAAUUCGCCAGCAGGACCUCUGUCUUGCCAUCACGGGUUUCAUAACUGGGUCAAAGGUCAAGUUGGAACCCUGCAAUCAGAAAGAACCAAGACAGAAGUGGAGGCCAAAGGGCCCUGCUCUGCAGCAUAUGGUCAGCGGCCUGUGCCUGGACAGCCAGUCCCCGGCCGGCCCCCCUGCCAUCACCCAGUGCCGACCCCAGCUGGCCAGCCAAUCCUGGGAGCCACAGCUGGCCACCUGACUGGGGAGUGCGGGGAAUGGGGGGGUGGGGUCAAAGGUAAAGAAAGGUGGGCAUGCUGUAGGAUCCGGUGGAUCGUAAUGGCGAAUCAUUGCUGCAUCAGGAGCGUCUGCCCUGACGGUUCCAAGAGUGUCCAUUUUGUCCCUUCCUCUUGAAUGUCCAAAGUGGCUCACGGAGGAUGGCGUGGGGUGGGGGUGCUUUUGGUGGUUGGCACAGGCCUGCGUGUGGGGAGUGCUUUGGAUCCUCAAGUCUCUCCUGUGCAUCUUCAGUGCUCACAAAUGUAAAAUGCCAUACCUUCAGACUGAACAUUUAUUCGCCCAUCAUACGAGGUUUACCUCUUUCCCGUUCGUGUUUGAACGGAAAGUUUCCUGGCCAGAGAUGAGCGGGGCUGCGAGCGCCGGUGCGGUCGAAGGGCCCGCGAGCGUCAGCCUGGUGGCCAGGUGGGGGAGGGCUUGGCUCACACAUCCGCCCAACAAGGCGCUUCAUUCAUCGGUGGGAAAAGCUGCGUUGAAAAAAGGAAUCGAGAAAUCGGGACGGGACACGCUACUCAGACAUAGAUGUGAGUGUCAGCUGUACGGUAAAAUUAACUGGGUCAGCGGUUCGACAUCAGGCUGCCCAAAGCACUUUCAGGCACACUGUUCAACUCUUGCAUGGUAAAAUCGUCUAAAACAACACUGAACUGGGGAGAUGCAAAGUGUCCAGCCCCGAGAAUGUAUUCUUUGUCUCUUUGUAACCGUGUAAAUAUCCUUACUGCGGAUUGAACUGGCUACGGUUCACAUAAAGGAAUCAUCUGCGUCAUUCGAGAAAUAAAACGAAACAAGAACACAAA